GUUCUUUAUGCGCUCUGCUAGCCUUAAAGCCUAUUAGAUACUUUUUAGGCAGGUGACUUUCUUAUAGCCUCAAUCGCUUGUUUGUUUUACUAACCAUGACCGCAUACCCACAAGGGGGCUCUGGUCCUCUACUAAGAACCCUUUACUAGAAACCAGCCCUAUUUCCUGCAUCUGCAUUCAGCUUGUGACCCUGUCAAACAGCCUUCUGAAUUAUAUUAUCUACCUAGCUGCAUUUUCUAUCGACGCCACGAUGCAAGGGCGCCAAGUAUACGUUGUGGUCCCUGCGAAUACCUAGCCAGAUAGUUACGGGAUUCUUGGAAGUUUCCAAUUGAGAAAAGGGUCAAUUUCUCGUAAGAUUAAUUUUCUUUAUUGUCAAAAAGACCUUUUAAUAUCUCGUAUCGAAUCUUUUCCCCUGUUCCCGUUGCCUUUCUUCAUUCACUAACUACCACAAAUCCAACAUCAUCAAUUCUCAACUCCCAGAUCGUAAUGGGAAACGUGCGCACGGCUUUUGCUAUCUCAGCGCUGGCUGCUGCAGCCGCGCAGGUGCAGGCCCAAGACCUCAACCAGACAAUUGUUGGCUGUGUCGACGUCGAGUGUCCAGUCAGCAGUACGAGCAAUGUAGAUGAUAAUUGCACCGUAGCAGAUACAGGCUCGUUUAUCUACGUCGGACUAACGCGCGUGCCGACUGACAACGAUGCCCUCUCGGGGUUGUCAUGGUCCAAGGGCUUCAACGUCGGCUCGUCUAACAACAAACGGGAGUUUCAGAACACAUUCUACCUAGGCACACCACCGGACUUACACCUAGAUAAUUCGACAGGCGCGUGUGCUGUUUUCCUGCACGGCGCGUCUAAGAAUCUGGCUUUCCCCGGCGAUAACCAUGAGACUGCGCAGGGCACGUGCGCGGAUGCCAUGGGCUCUUCAUGCGUUGACGCGCUGGUCUCCCGGGCCAGGACUUUGGUAAAUGGAUAUAAUAGUGGUAGUGAGAGGCUCUCCGUCUCGGAGGCUUGCUCGAGACUGCAGAGAGACCUGGAAGAUAGUAAAGACGAAGCCUGUGCUCGGAUCUCGGAGGGGCAUUGGAGUAAUUUUACCAGCGCCGCUUUAACUGGUGAGGAUGCACCACAACCCAUCAGCCAGCAGCAAAACUCAUCGUCAACCUGCUGGCCUGUCAUCCCGAAGCAGGACGAUCUCACCUUGGUUAGCCAGUAUAACUACACAGGAGAUACCACCUUUAACGAUCUAGAAAAGGCUUCCUGGGCUAUCACGCCCAUACUCACGGUCUUCUACUCGGCAGGUAACGGAAGUCUGGUCACUGAAACCGAAGCUUCUAUGUCCUGUAUCAAAGUCGUGGGACCCCCGAGAGCGUCUCUGGCUACUAUGAACAAUGGUUCCAGCGAUAAUGACGGUAGCGGGGCUGCUGGCCUGUCGUCGUCGCAGUCGAUGUUAUCAGCUGCAUUAUUUGCAGUCGUUGCUGCAUUUUUCAUUGGCAUCUAGCAUGAUAGGUAUUGCAUUGGCGUUGUUGGGUACGCACUCCGGGUCUCAUUGAAAGUAUUAUAUUGGUUCUUGGGGCACAGCGAGGCAUUAUAAAAACUUUAGAAUGUAAAAGGCUGGCUAUAAAAUAAUACUGUAUA